UAAAAUUUUCCGGACUUUAACCAUUUAGGUAAUUAAGUUUCUUUUUAGUUCCAUUAAAUGCGCUAUCAUUAUUAAGGACUAUGUGGUUCCACUAAAUUCUAUUAGUUUUGCAAUCUUCGUGGGGGGAUUUGCGACUGCGAUAUUUCCGACUAUAUAGCGCGACUCUCAUUAAUAAUCAAUAAACUAAACUAUAAAGUCGAUUAGAUCUGUCCCCCAAAAAUUUGAAAUAUAUUGAAAUAAACUAUUAAUUUCUAUACUUUAACCAUUUAAUUUUUCAUCAACCAUUACAAUGACUGCAUCUACUUCAACUACCCCUUCAUCAAAUUAUAGAGUUAAUGCUGCACCAGCUGUAGAUUAUUAUACUCCUGAACAAUUAGUUGUUCCAGGUACCUUUAUCCCCCAAAAGGAUGGAGAAGUUGCACCAAAGAUUUUUCAACCAUUGAAAAUUAGGGGUAUUACUUUACCAAAUAGAAUCGGAGUUUCUCCAAUGUGUCAAUAUUCAGCUAAUGCUGAAUUUGAACCAACUCCUUAUCAUUUAAUUCAUUAUGGUCAAUUAGCUUUAAGAGGUCCGGGUAUUACUAUAGUUGAAGCCACAUCUGUUUCAAAAUAUGGUGGACUUUCUCCACAAGAUUUAGCAAUUUAUACUGAUGCACAAGCUAAAGCUUUUAAACCUCUUGUUGACUUUGCUCAUGCUCAACGUCAUUUAAUUGCUAUUCAAAUUGGUCAUGGUGGUAGAAAAGCCAGUGGUCAACCAUUAUAUGUUCAUCUUGAACAAGUUGCUGAUGAAUCUGUUGGUGGAUGGCCCGAUAAAAUUGUUGCUCCAUCAGCUCUUCCAUUUAGACCUCAUGGAAAUUUACCAAUUCCAAGAGCUUUAACUAUUCCAGAAAUUAAGCAAAUUAUUGAAGAUUUUGGUGAUGCUGCUAAAAGAGCCGUUGAAAUUAGUGGAUUUGAUGCUAUUGAAAUUCAUGGUGCUCAUGGUUAUCUUAUUUCUGAAUUCCUUAGUUCUACUUCAAAUAAAAGAACUGAUGAAUACGGUGGAUCUUUUGAAAAUAGAAUUAAAUUUUUAUUGGAAGUUAUUGACAAUAUCAGAUCAAAGAUUUCUGAAUCAGUUCCUUUAUUCUUAAGAUUUUCUGCCAAUGAAAAUACUGACGCUGAAGGUGCUUGGACUAUUGAUGAUUCUAUUAAAUUAGCAAAGAUUGUUGUUGAAAAAGGUGUAGAUUUACUUGAUAUUUCUUCCGGAGGUAACCAUCACAAACAAGCAGCUAGAUCAAGUUUCGGUAAAAGUGAUGUCCCAAUCCAUGAACCAUAUUCAAGAGCUAUUAAGGCAGCCGUUGGUGAUAAAGCUAUUGUCUCUUGUGUUGGUGGUUUGCAUGCCGACCCUGCUAGGGUUAAUGAAUUCAUUGAAAAUGGCUCAUUCGAUGUUGCUUUAGUUGGUAAAGGAUUCUUAAAGAACCCUGGUUUAGUAUGGGAAUUUGCUGAUAAGUUAGAUGUAAGAGUCGCACAAGCAAGACAAUAUGAAUGGGGUUUCUAUCCUGCUAGAGAAGGUAUUUACGAGUUAAUCAAAAGAACCGAAGAAUUCGAAGAUAAAGACUAGAUUAAUUAUGUACUCUAAUUUUUUCAUAAUAAUAGAUCUUUGUUUAAGUGAAAUACAAAUAGUGUUAAUGAUUUAAAAAAAUAGUAAAUAAAAUAUUAAAAUA